GUACAUGUGUCCAUGGAACAAGAUGGAGAGAAGAUAGUAUAGUCAAGUGGUGGACUUGUGGGCAGAAUGGCUUUCCUGGACAACCCAACAAUUAUACUUGCUCAUAUUCGGCAGUCACACGUGACCAGUGAUGACACAGGGAUGUGCGAAAUGGUCCUAAUAGAUCAUGAUGUCGACCUGGAGAAGUUUAAUCCCUCGUCAGCAUAUGGGGACAGUGGUUCUGAAACACAGGGAAGCAAUGGUGAGACUCAGGGCUAUGUAUAUUCCCAAUCAGUCGAUAUUACCUCAAGCUGGGACUUUGGAAUCCGAAGACGAUCAAACACAGCUCAGAGACUAGAACGUCUGCGGAAAGAGAGACAAAAUCAAAUAAAAUGCAAAAAUGUUCAGUGGAAAGACAGAAAUACUUCUUACUCAGCAGAGGAGCUGAGCUCGCUAUUUGAAAAAAAGAAUUUCAGAGUAAAAUCUCCGUGUUCUGGGAAGCAGUCAAUACUGUCUGUGCGGCUUGAACAGUGUCCUCUGCAGCUGAAUAACCCCUUCAAUGAGUACUCCAAAUUUGAUGGCAAGAAUUUGGAAAAUCAGACUUUGAUGGCAUAUUAUUCCAACUUGCUGUCUUUUGAUAAGGCUGGGAAAAUAAUACUGACUGCACGACAGGUUUGA